CACUUUUCCAAGCCAGCCCUUAUCUGAUAGCGAUCGACUUGCCAUUGUGGUCCUGUUUCCAAGAGUCCGAAUCAUUCGCAUCUAAAUCCAAAUUUUUUACGAACACCAACACAUCAAAAUGGCGGCCGAGGACAAAGUCGAGGUCGUCGACGACAAGAAGCUGAAGAAGGAGAAGAAGAGCAAGGACAAGUCGGAGAAGAAAGAAAAGAAGCGUAGCGAGAGCGACGGUAUCCGCAAGGAGAAGAAGGACAAGAAGAAGGACAAGGCGAGGCAGGACAAGCUGGCGCGCGCCCUUGAUGCCCACCUUCAAGCCGAUGCUGCCAAGUCGUUCGAGGCUCAGGACGAGCAGGACGACGUCGACCCCGAGGACAUCAUCAAGCCCGCCGAGGAGCUGGUACCGUUUGCGCUGCCGCUUGCCGACGAGAAGACACACAAGAAGAUCUACAAGCUGAUCAAGAAGGGCGCCAAACUCAAGUCGAUCCACCGCGGCGUAAAAGAGUGCGAGAAGGCGAUCAAGAAGUGCCCGCCCAAGACGGCCGCGUCGGGCGAGACGCCGGCGCCCGGGCUCGUCAUCAUCGCGGGCGACAUCUCGCCCAUGGACGUCAUCAUGCACUUCCCCAUCCUCUGCGAGGAGCACGGCGUGCCGUAUCUGUACGUGCGGUCGCGGGCCGACCUCGGCGUCGCGGCGUGUACCAAGCGCGCGACCAGCGUCGUCAUGCUCAAGCCCGAGGGCAAGAAGAACGCCGGCGGCGAGGGCGGCGCCAAGGACAAGAAGAAGGACGCCGACACCGAGAUGGAAGAUGCGGGCGACGACAAGAAGGUCAGCGCGGAGGAGUACCUCGAGGCGUGGAAGGAGCUGGUCAAGACGGCGGAGAAGCAGUGGAAGAUCCAGGUGCAGCCGUGGGUCAAAGGCACGCACCCCCUGCAGAUUGCUGAGAGGGAGAGGGCGAGGCAAGCGGCAAGGGCUUGAGUUAGGUCGGUUUCAAAGGAAAAAAAGGGGAGGGGGGAUCACAGAAAGCUGCUUCCGGCUUCCCCCUGGCUGCGCAUUGAACGACACGACAAGGGCAAGUCCACUCAUCGCCAUGCGACGCGGGCUUUCCACGACGAUUUGUUCGUGGUUCCGUCAUCAGCUCCCAUGACACGGUCACAUUUUCGUUGGCCCCAAUCUCCGGGCAGCACAAUGGCAAUUCUUGGGUGGGAUUGCCCACAUUAUCAUCAUCUGCCGGCUGUAUCACCACCAACGGUCAGCUUGCUCUCUUGGCUUUUAUGGCUCUCUUGUGUAAUGGAUGGCGUUGAGAGGGAUGGGCUCUUUGCAUCGGUUCCGGGAGAUUACUGGGCUCCUGUUGUAAAUACCAAAAUGAAAAGUUACUCUUGUCACGGAUCCCCAGCCAUAAUAACAAUGCUGCAGAGCGAAGAGCACCAACGACACCCUGCGAGAGAGUAUCAGGGGGAAAGAGUCAAGCUGCGAUUAUAAAAUGUUCCAGAUUC